CCAUAGUAACGAGCGCAUCAAAUGGCAGACAGCACUUGUGGAUCUGUGCUCUCCAACAAAUGGCAGGACCCAGGCUGGAGAAUAGAGCAACGCUAUUCUAAAGGAGUCCUGAUAGGGAACUGGUCUGAAGAUAGGUACAAGUUUGAGAAAGGGAGCGAGUUUGGUAGCAGCACUAGCCGUCAGACUUACCGUGGACAUUACUUAAAAGCUCCCGACCCGUCCAUUCGACUCAAAGGACUAAUAAGAAAUAAUGGAAUAGAUAAAGAGCAUAUUUUCAUACAUCAUGGGAAGAGUUACAUGCGCAAUACAAUAUCGCUCUACGAUCAAACAUUCAAUAGAGGAUAUGAACUGGGAGAAAGGAAAUGGGAUGGGAAGAGAAUGGCCUGGCUACCAGAAAAAACCGACCACCCUUUGCAAGGAGCAAGUACUAACUUUGGCUUGAAAGAGGAAAAAGAAGAGAAAUGGCGGAAGGAGAAAGAACUAGAAUCCAUUGGGGAUUUUGUUACAAGCAAUCACUUAACUUAUAGGAUGCCACCAUUGACUUCAUAUCCAACAGGAAGGGCUGCUCCACACAAGCUCAUAUCAUCAAGGACUCAUCCACAAAGCACUAAUAGGAACCUGAAGCUAAGGGGCAUGCAUCAAACACUCUUCAAGGAAGUGGUGGAUCCAAAAUUUGACACAAACUAAUUAGAAAUUAUUCUUAUUGCUAUUGGUUCAAAAUAAUUAUAAAGAACAAUGUGAAAGAGGCAUAUGCAUAUAAGUAUUAUCCUUAUUAUUACACUUUAGCUUCUGCAACAACAAAAA